AUCUAAGUGAGAUUGGUGACACUCAUCAAUGUACCUAUCCCGAUAUACAUAUUAACAGUAUUGAAUACAGUCGAUACAGUAUUAUACACUGUACUGAGUUCGAGUACUGUAAGAAUAGCAGCGGUCAUGAUUGGUUCAAACUGACCCACCUCUAAUGGUAGCCCUCUCCGUCUUGUGUUGAAGCUCAUGAAGCUCGGUCAAUCCGUCAUAGAUUGUUGAAGCCAAUUGGCAAUACACACCACCCAAUCCCGCGAUGCAGGCCCUCCGAACAAGAGCGGUUGGCGUGGCCCGCCGUGCUCGCCCAACGACUCUCCGCACAACCCGAUCUUACGCUUCCGAGAGCCACGGCCACCAUGAAGCGCCCAAGGUUAACGAGGGAUUAGGUACCGCAUUCUACGUAUUUGUAGGCGCCCUACCAGCCUCGAUCGUCGCCUAUCAGAUCUCGCGCCCUGGCGCAGACGGCGAGCCCUCUAGCUUUAGCAAAUGGCUACAACAGUUCGACUACUUGCAGAAGGAUUUUGCGGAACGCAACAAGUUGCGCACGGAUAUGAUCGAGCAAGCUGCCCACGACAAGCACCUAUUCCUGAAUGCUGGCAGGAGCACACACGUGGAUCUCAAGACUCCUGAGCUUAUCUUCUCCGGCUCACCAUACAAUGUGCCCGCAGGCCAUUCCCCGAACCUCGACCACAUCACGGAGCACUUCAGGAAACGGGCCGCGGCCGAGGAGGAGCGUAAAGCGAAGAAACUAGCUGAGAAGGCGGCUGAGCCAGCUGAGAAACUAAGCUUAACCUAACUGUAUCACUAAACAUACAUAAAUAUAGACCUUUAUUUUCUUUCACUUUGACAUGCUUGGUUUACAUUACGUACAUAGCUAGACCAGGGGAUUACGACAGCCUGAGUUAGUAAAGAGGUUACACAAGUUCCUCAAGCCAAUUUCUCAUCGACUGUUUAAGGCUGUGAAUAAGCGAGGAAAGAGAGGAUAGAAAUAACACCGCAACUUCUCGUUUGUCCAUUACUGACUAGUUACGUCACACGAAACUGCAAUCAACCAUCUAUCCGUACAAGUUCAAGACAGUGCCGGAAAAGUCAUACGCAAACACCCCUUGAAGUGUAAUAAUUCGGGAUACCAGCUGCUCCUCGCCCUUUGCAUGUUUGUAACAGGUGUCGUCCUACAUCCCCAUCAUAGAUAGAGAAACCAUUUGAUUAUUGGGCUCUAGGUAGCUCUCAUUUGAUAAAUUGUGAUAGAUGAGCCUAAUACCAUGGAAUGUGUGCCCAAUAGCCCUAGGC